AUGUGGUUUUCAAAAAUUCAAUGGGGACGAGCUGUAUUUCCUAUUACAAAUGAUGAUUCGGCACGUAUAUUUCACAUCUCUUGUUUUACAAUUUGUGUUAAAUUCAUGACAGUUGUCAGUUGCAUUUUGGAAUUUUUAUGGAUCAUAUUUAUACGUAAAUUGUUGAAAUAUGAAUCGGGCCUCAAUGAUUUUCUUAUCUAUUAUUCUAGUCAUCAUAAGAAUAUUGAAAUGGAAAUUACUUCUCAAAAUAGAAAAUAUCUUUUCAGAUUAAUAACAAUUGCCGAUUAUUUAUCGAUUGAAUCGGCAAUCAUAUUCGGUUUGGCUAUCACAUAUUGGAUGUUAAGAAUUAUUUAUGAAUUAUUCAUAUUAUUCAAUAACGAUCAAAUUUCUACCGUGGUUCUCUUGUUUUCGAUUCAAAUGAUUAUAAUAGAAUACAUACAUUGUUUGUUCUUAAUUUCAUUGAUUUUGAUGCCAUUCAAAGCAUUGAUCAUAGUAGUUGAACUUAUUAUCGAUCAAAUUAAACAAUUUUUCUUGGCAAUACGAUCAUUAUUCGAUCUUCGAUUAUCGAAUACAAUGAAAAUGCAAAUCGUUUGGCAUAGUUUCCAAAAAAAAUACAACCGUAUUUUCAAUCAUAUUGCAAAAUUGAAUGCUGAUCUCAAAAUGGUUUUGUUGGCCAUGGAAACCAUAUCAAAGGCAUCGAUUAUUUUCUCCACUAUAUUCUACAGUCAAGGAGUUACCGAAACUAUACAUGGUUCGAUAUUCGUCGUAUGUCUUAUAUCUAUAUUUUGUCUGGCCACCGGUGUCUAUGCCCGAUUAUCGAUAUUUCCUUCAUUUAAUCAACAAUGUUGUAAACGAUUAUUGGGAUGGAAUGUUCGAAUAUCACAAUUACAUUCUCGAAUAAAUGAUGAUAAUAAUAAUAAUCGACGAAUAAAUAAACAUCAACAUAUACAAUUUAAUAAAUUAAUUCCUCCAAAAAAUUGUAAUCGUAAAUCUUUGUUUCUAUUUACUAUCCGGCAACAAAUCAAAAUAAAUCUGUUUAUGCAAACAAUGGCAAAAAAUCGUUUUGGUUUCAAUUGUGGCCAGAUAUUUUUUAUCGACAAAUUUAAAUAUGUUGAAUUAAUGCUGAUGAACAUACCAUUUACAAUUAUGUUUUAUGAGAAAAUUUGUCUUGAUAUUAAUAACCGGAUUGAUAACAACAAUUAA